AAAAAUCAUUAAUCAUUUCUUUUCUUCAAAUACUUAUCCUUUUCCUAUUGUUAUUCAACAGCAAACCUCUACAGACCUUCUGUUGGGAAAAAAAGAGAGCACCCGGGAGCCUUGAAUCUUUUAAGAUAUCUUCCAGGAGAUAAUAUUCUCUGAAAUAUACAUUAAAAAUUGAACACUUUUUUAUUUUAAUGGAAGACUUGACUUCAAAUAUGAAUACGAUCAGCUAUAAACAUCUGGAAAAAAAUCCUAUGAAGCUAAAAAGGCAUAAUUCCAUCCAGUGGGGUCAAAUCAUCAGCUUCUUUUCCAAGAAGUCAUCUUCCAAAAGACACCGGGGGAAGGGAAGGCCCCUUGUCACGUGACCUGGGGGGUGCCAAUGUUCUUCCAUGAGAGGGCCAACAGGAGCCUGGUAACAGCGAGCGAGCGCCUCGGGGAACCCCAGCCAUGCAGAAGACCAGCUACUACGAUACCUCCCCGCUCUUUGGGGCUUAUUCCUAUCCCGGGGCCAACGGCUUUGGUUACGAGGGCCCUUCUCCGCAGCCUUUCCAGCCCGCGGCUCAUGUGGAGAGCGAUUACCAGCGGCCCGCCUGCACCCUCCAGUCUCUGGGCAACGCGGCCCCGCUGGCCAAGGCGAAGGACCUGAACGGGAGCUGCCUGCGCCCCAGCUUGCCUCAGGAGCAUCACCCGCCCCCGCCCGUCUCACCACCCACCAACCCCAUCACCGCCACCAGCGGGAGCGGCAGCACCACAUCCAACAGCACCGGCGGCAGCAAUAACCAUAGCCAAUCGGGGGCGGUCAAAAGUGUCCCAAGCAAAUCCAGCCUGACCUCUAGUAACGCCGCCCUCACCAAGCAGAUUUUCCCCUGGAUGAAAGAGUCGAGGCAAAACGCCAAGCAGAAAAACAGCUCCCCCUGCGCAGAAAGCUGCAGCGGUGAGAAAAGCCCUCCAGGCUCCUCAGCUUCCAAGAGGGCCCGCACAGCUUACACCAGUGCCCAGCUGGUCGAGUUGGAGAAGGAAUUCCAUUUCAACCGCUACCUUUGCAGACCCCGACGAGUGGAGAUGGCUAACCUGUUAAACCUCAGUGAGCGGCAGAUCAAGAUCUGGUUCCAGAAUCGGAGGAUGAAAUACAAAAAGGAUCAAAAGUCAAAAGGCCUUGGGUCAUCCUCUGGGGGACCUUCCCCCACAGGGAGCCCACCCCAAGCCCUUCAGUCCUCUGCAGGCUUCCUGAAUGCCCUUCACCCCAUGACUUCAAACUACGAAGCUCCAUCUCCACCCUCUUUCAACAAACCACACCAGAAUGCCUAUGCCAUGCCCACUGCCUACCAAAACCCCAUCAAAGGAUGCCCCAGCCAACAGAAGUAUGCCAACACAGCACCAGAGUAUGAUCCUCAUGUCUUACAGGGUAAUGGGAGUGGUAGCUAUGGGCCCCCCAAUAUGCAAGGCAGCCCAGUCUACGUGGGUGGCAAUUAUGUGGAUUCUAUGCCCAACUCUGCUUCAUCACUUUAUGGGCUGAACCCCCUCCAACAUCACCAGCCCCCCAGCAUGGAAUACAAUGGAGGCCCUCAGAUGGCCUCCAACCAGCACCAUGGGCCUUGUGAGGCUCACCCAACCUAUACGGACCUUUCUUCUCACCAUGCUUCUACUCAGGGUAGAAUCCAAGAGGCACCGAAGCUGACCCAUCUGUGAUGAAAAGUAGGGCAGACUCGGUGGGGAAUUAAUAAAGAAGGGAGGUGGAUGUGGGAUUGGUGAGUCAGGGGACAGACUGGUUAUGCAAAAAGAAAUGGACAAACAAACAUUUGUGUUGAAACCCUUUAGGGAAGUCAAACCUAUUGUUUCAGGGGCACAGUUUAUGCAUGCUGUGUCUUGCCAUUCCCGCCAAAUUUGACCCUAGGGUGAUAAAGAAUUUAGGAGGCUUAUGGCUAAGCCAUACUCUUUGGAGUAGAAGUAUUCCUGUACAUUCCCCUCUCAAAGAAAGGUGAAAGCACCUGACAGCCUAGUGCCCUUCAUAUGGUUAGAUUGAAAUGAACAAAUCCUAGAGACCAGCCCCGGUUGAGCUCUAAAAGACCUGUUGUAAAUCCAGGCUAGGAAUGGUUAGAUUAAUGCAAUCCCAAAGUGCAAAAAAGGUCUAUAAAGACUAUAGGAAUCCAUUCCCUUUUCUUCAGUAUGAGAAGUUACUUUGAAAAAUGCAUCUUAAACACACACUGUCUUUUGUGUUCUAGUCCAGUUUAGGCAGAGGGGGAGGGGUCAGAGUAAACUUGCUCUUUCUUGGAUCCACAACUCUUGUUGGUUUUGUGAAUACACAUGUGGGAACCAUGUUUUUAACCAGUCAUGAUAAUAUCAUGAAUGGAGCAGCACAUUUUCAUGAGAUACAGACUUUCCACAGGCAGGUAGAGCAUUUCUUCAAUCUAAAGAAAAGCUGAAGAACUGACUCAGCUCAGCUCACUAUAUAUACCAUAGGAAAUUAACUUCAGCCUAUUUUCUUUUCUUAAAAGUAUGCAAAUAUUUUGUUUAUAAUUAGAGAAGGGUAUAUAGGUGUUUGGAGACAAUCAACCAUGCAGGAACAUACAGGUACACACAUACACACUCAGAGGGAUUCAGUCAAAUUUAUUUUGAUAAGGGGAAAAGGAAGAUGUUACGAGUGAAUUUCAUCCCUUUAAAAAAAAAAUAUCAAGAAUCUGUUUCAGAUUUGUAUUUUACAUAUGUAUUUGCCCUGAGGUUUCGACACAAAUGUUUUGAAUGUAUAAAAAUGUCCUGAUUCUUCUGAAAUCAAUUGAAAUAGAUAAUUUCUGUUACAUUUUUUUAAAAAAGUUCAUACAACAUGCACAAAAAGAUCUGGGUGUAGCUCUUAAAUGCACCUCAAUAUUUCUUAUAUCUAUGCCCUUCUCCCUUAGCUAAAUACUAAUCUAUCACAAUUCUUAAAGGUUUAUUUUACAAAGAAGAUAAUUCUAAGGUAUUGAAUGGAAAACUGUCUUUUUCCAUUCUUGGUGUAUCUCCAUUCAUGUAAGGGUGUUUUGUCCAGUUUUACCAACCCAAUCCUUACAAAUUAUUAUUCACUGCUAUAUUCCCUUCCCUCUUCUUUAAUUCUAUGAGAGGUUUUGUUUUUCAGAAAUGAGCAGUGGAGUGGUUUCUUUACCAAGUAAAUUUAAUAGCAAAAUUAAGAUUGCUUAUACAAAUAGAAGUCUAACAUCUGGAAGGAGAAAAAUAGAGACCCCCCCCUUUGUUCUUCCAAUGAUUACCUACCCUUCUUUAUGAUUUUGGUUUUAAGGUUGGUUAAGGUCUGGGGUACUCUCUCACAUAUAUAAUAUGUCUUUGCAUUUGUCUGCAUAACUUCUGUUGAACGUGAAAACAGGGUAUAUUUGAUCAGAAACUUAUGUCCUCCAAAUGGGAGCAAAGUAAAAGAUCCUUUGGGGAGAGGAUUCCUUUACUGGUGCCUCUUCUUUGGCCUGACAUUCUUUCUUGCACUUAGAGUUUACAUUUUAAUGGCUAUAUAUACCAACGUUUGAAGGACACACAUUGGAAUACUAAUUUCAGUGGAGGUGUGCCAUGUUCCAGUAAACAUUCAUAUAUAUAAAUAUAUAAAUAUAUAUUAUAUUAUAUUAUAUUUAUUGGUUAUAG